AUGUGGCAGUUCAUAAGGUCACGAAUACUAACGGCGCUAAUCUUCAUUGGUGCUGCGCAUGGAAUAUUGAUUGUGGGCCCCAAAUUCAUUCGGGCCAACCAGGAUUAUACGGUGGUGAUCAGUAACUUUAACUCGAAUAUGAGCAAAGUGGACCUGAUGCUACGAAUCACCGGCCACAGCGAUAAUCGUUCAAGCAUUCUGGACUUAACGAAGACGGUUGAUGUACGACGGAACAUUAACAGGAUGAUCACUUUCAAUAUGCCUGUGGACUUAUCAGCUGGGAAUUACAAAAUCACCAUCGACGGUCAGCGUGGCUUUAGCUUUCACAAGGAAGCCGAAUUGGUACACCUUAGCAAAACCAUAGCCGGUUUAAUACAGAUCGAUAAGCCCGUGUACAAACCAGGCGAUACGGUAAAAUUUCGUGUGAUUGUGCUGGACUCUGAGCUGAAGCCACCUGCACGGGUAAAAUCAAUCAAUGUGACAAUCAGUGAUCCUCAAAAAAAUGUGAUUAGGAAGUGGUCGACAGCCAAACUGUACACCGGAGUGUUUGAGAGUGAUCUUCAGAUCGCGCCUACUCCAAUGCUCGGAAUGUGGAACAUCUCGGUAAAGAUAGACGGGGAAGAAAUCGUAUCAAAAACGUUCGAGGUGAAGGAAUAUGUGUUGUCCUCGUUUGACGUAGAGGUAUUACCGUCCGUCAUUCCGCUUGAAAACGAUGGCGGCCUUAAUCUCACGAUAACAGCUAACUACCACUUUGGAAAACCGGUAAAGGGAACUGCAAAGGUGGAGCUGUAUUUGACGGAUGAUAGAGCUGACCAAAAGAAAGAGUUCGAAAUGUUCGGGAUGGGACAGGUGGAAUUAAGAUUCGUGGGGGAAUUCGAAGUACAUGAAGUUAGCGAAGAUGUGCUUGUAAAAACGACAUUCAUCGAACAGUUUACAAAUCGCACUGUCGUGAAACAAUCUCACAUCACAGUGUACAAAUAUAAGUACGGUGUGCAAUUGAUUAAGGACAGUCCACAAUUUCGGCCAGGACUUCCUUUUAAGUGUGCGCUUCAGUUCCGAUACCAUGAUGGAACACCUGCUAAAGGUAUCACCGGUAACGUGGAAGUGUCGGAUAUUGAUUACGGAACAACUGCCACUAGUGACGAUGGAGGUUUGAUAAAACUGGAGCUCAAUCCAAGUGACAAUAUAGACGUGAUGAAUAUCAACUUUUCUGACGAUGACAACGGUUUCUUCUUUGGCGCCGUUGUGGAAAAAGUGGACGUCGUGACGAAUGCGUACCUCAAAUUGGAACUAAAGUCUCCUGUUAAAUUGAACCGAAUGUUGCGACUUACGGUAACGUGCAACGAACGUAUGACAUUCUUCGUGUACUACGUAGUGACAAAGGGCAAUAUAAUUGAUUCCGGUUACAUGAGACCAAACAAGCAGAACAAAUAUCCCUUACAGUUGAACGCCACCGAAAAGAUGAUACCGAAAGCGAAACUUAUCGUAGCUACUGUUGCUAGCCAUAUAGUGGUGUAUGACGUUGUGGACAUCGAUUUCGACGAAUUUCAUAACAAUUUUAAUCUGCGCAUAGAUGAGACAGAAAUUAAACCGGGUCGACAAAUCGAGCUCCAUAUGUCUGGGAGACCGGGGGCUUACGUGGGAUUGGCUGCCUACGAUAAAGCUUUACUCUACUACAACAAGAACCAUGAUCUGUUCUGGGAGGAUGUUAUGGGCGAGUUUGAUGGAUUUCAUAAGAUCAAUGAAAAUGAGUUUGACAAGCUUCAUAGUAUGGGAUUGUUCGGUAUGACGUUGGCUGGUAUCCAGUUUGAAGGGGCCAAUGACAAGUCGGCACGCGAUGGUCUGCAGGCAAACAGUCCCAUCACCAGACUGGUCUCGUAUAGGACAAACUUUCCGGAAUCGUGGUUAUGGGAGAACGUGACGAUUGGAAGAUCUGGAAAUCGCAAGAUGAUUGAGGUAGUACCAGAUACGACCACCUCCUGGUACUUGACCGGAUUCUCCAUUGAUCCGGAGUAUGGAUUGGGCAUCAUUAAAAAACCCAUCCAGUUCACAACGGUUCAACCAUUCUACAUCGUGGAGAGUCUACCGUACUCCAUCAAACGAGGCGAAGCGGUCGUGUUGCAGUUUACAUUGUUUAACAAUCUUGGAGGAGAGUACAUCGCAGACGUAACGCUGUACAAUGUGGCCAAUCAAACGGAAUUCAUUGGACGACCUCUGGAAGAUAUAAGUUAUACCAAAACCAUAAGCGUUCCUCCGAAGGUUGGUGUACCCGUUUCCUUUCUGGUAAAGGCACGCAAGCUUGGAGAGAUGGCAGUUCGCGUGAAGGCCUCCAUUAUGGUUGGGUAUGAAACGGACGCACUGGAGAAGGUGAUCCGAGUAAUGCCAGAAAGUUUGGUACAGCCAAAGAUGGAAUCCCGGUUCUUCUGCUUUGAUACAUACACCAAUCAAACCUUCUUGAUGAAUUUAGACUUCAACAAGAAGGCAGACAAUGAUUCUAGAAAGAUCGAGUUCCGACUGAAUCCCAAUCUGCUUACCACUGUAAUCGAUAACUUGGAUAAUCUACUUGCCGUGCCCUCUGGUUGUGGUGAGCAAAAUAUGGUAAAGUUUGUACCGAACAUCGUUGUGCUCGACUACUUGCAUGCCAUUGGUUCGAAGGAAAAGAGCUUGCUCGAUAAAGCUACGAAUCUGCUGCUCCAAGGCUAUCAAAAUCAGAUGCGCUAUCGUCAGGCAGAUGGUUCGUUUGGUGUGUGGCAAAAUGGUGGCAGCGUGUUUCUUACCGCCUUCGUUGCAAAGUCAAUGCAAACGGCGUCUAAGUACAUCAGCGAGGUGGAUACGGCGAUGGUCGAGAAGGCGUACGAUUGGCUUGCUUUCAAACAACACAGCUCGGGAAGGUUUGAUGAGGUCGGAUCCGUAAUUCACAAAGAUAUGCAAGGUGGGUUGCGUAACGGCAUUGCACUGACAUCUUACGUGCUGACAGCGCUCCUAGAAAACGAGAACGCCAAGGUGAAGCACGCGGUUGUGAUUCAAAAUGCCAUGAGCUAUUUGAGCCGCCAAGUGGAUUAUACAGAAAACUCUUACGAUUUGUCCAUAGCGACCUAUGCGCUGAUGUUGAAUGGGCACAGCAUGAAAGAUAACGCAUUCAAAAAGCUCUUAGGCAAGUCUAAUCUCGCAAAUAACGGCACGGAACGGUAUUGGGCCACGACAAAUAGCAUCGAGACGACCGCUUAUGCUUUGCUGUCGUUUGUCUUAGCGGAGAAGUAUGUAGACGGUAUACCGGUGAUGCGUUGGUUGGUGAACCAACGCUAUGUUACCGGAAGCUUCCCGCGCACUCAAGACACCUUCGUGGGACUGAAGGCACUGACAAAGUUGGCGGAAAAAAUCUCUCCCUCACGAAACGACUACAGCAUACAGUUGAAAUAUAAGAAGCAUACACGAUAUUUUAACAUAAACUCGCAAGAUAUCAACAUUACCAACUUCCAGGAAAUACCGAAGGACACAAAGUCGAUGGAGAUCACCGUUGGAGGUAUCGGGUUCGGGUUGCUGCAAGUGAUUUAUCAGUACAGUUUAAAUCUUGUGAAUUUUGAGAACCGAUUCAAGCUGGUUCUUGAGAAACAGAACACGGGCUCUGAUUAUGAACUGCGGCUGAAGGUGUGCGCAAACUUCAUAUCGAAAGUGUCCGAUGAACGUUCGAAUAUGGCACUGAUUGAGGUGAACUUCCCCAGCGGUUACGUUGUUGAUCGGAAUCCGAUCAGCGAACAGACUACCGCGAAUCCGAUACAGAACACCGAGAUCAGAUACGGCGGCACAUCUGUUGUUGUUUACUAUAACAACAUGGGAAGCGAAUUGAACUGCUUCACCGUGACAGCUUACAGACGGUUCAAGGUGGCUCUGAAGCGUCCUGCAUACGUGGUCGUUUACGAUUAUUACGAUCCAAAUUUGAAUGCGAUCCAAUUGUAUGAAGUGGACAAGCAGGAGAUUUGUGAAAUCUGCGACGAUGCUGAUUGCCCAAUGAACUGCAAAAAACAGUAA